GCUAUUCGACCUUGUUGGGGCUGGUUUAGGCGCUCGAGGCCCGGACGGCGAUUCUUCAUUUGUUGUUGAACCACCACACCUGCCGCAUCCUGUCCGACAUGCGGGGCCACAUCUACAACCCUAAGGAACACGGCGUUGGGGUAGGAGCAGCGCGGGCCGCACUGCCGGAGCUGGAGAAGACAAAGACCGAGGCGGCUUUCGAGGUCCGGACCAUGGACUCCGGGAGCAGCAGCACAUCGGAUCUUGAGGAGCGUCCAAGAACCACACCCACCGCGGUCGCGACGCAGGGCAACAGGGUGGACGGCCAGGUCGGGCUCGUCAGCCUCGACAACGACGACGCGCUCAAGGGCACGAUCGCCUCGCUAGCCGCAGGCGCAGCGUCCAUAGCUGCGGGGCAGGUCGCCAUUGUUCUCGUCUGCCCCGGGCCCAGCAUGUCGCACGGCGGGGCCUGGGCCGGGCUCGGGUCUGCUGGAGCGGCUUCUCGGAUGACGCUGCCGGCACCACCGCCUCCACCGUCGCCAUCGCCAUCGCCGCGUGCGAAUGUUGAGGAUGUUACAGAAGUGGAGGAUGAGAAGGUAGAUGACGAGAAGGUUGACGAUGAGAAGGUGGAUGACAAGAGAGCAUACAACGAGAAAAGGUCGCCUUGACUGUUGGGCAGCAUAAAUCCAAACAAACAUGGGAGGCAGCGGAAAGAUCAGGAGAAACUGGGAAGCGUCUCGACAUAAUAAAUAAUACCGAUAACUUAACAAAC